UAAGUAACAGGAUAUAAGAGAUCCAGACAGCAAUACAUGGUUAGAUCCAGAAGGGGGCGGUAAUGCAACUAAAAAGGAUUUCAACUGCCGUAAAACACCAAAGAAGAAGAAGAACAACAACAACACUGUGCGUUGUCAUUACGUGAGCCAAUAUAUUUUCAGCGGGGACGGAAGUUAGUUCGGCUGCACGUAGAAGGCAGAGUGGUCAUCAGCCCUGGGACGAAGAGCAACCAUGUGGCCUGUGAUGUGGGUAGCCAUGCGGACCUACGCCCCCUAUGUCACGUUUCCAGUGGCUUUUGUGGUGGGGGCAGUGGGGUACCACCUAGAGUGGUUCAUUCGGGGCACACCAAAGCCCCAGCUGAGGGAGGAGAAGAGCAUUCUGGAGCUGAGGGAGGAGAGGAAGCUGGAGGAGCUAGCGGGGCAGGACUGUACCAAUGUGACCAGCCUGAAGGAGCGGUUGGAGUUCACCCCCAGGGCCGCACUAGAAAGGAACCGGCCUGAGAAGAGUUAACUAACAGCUGCCCUGUAUGUGGAAGAAAAGGGGGGGUACCUUCUGUGACACUGAGUGUUGGUGACAUCCCCCACCAUCCCUUGUCUUGGAAAUAUUCACACACAUAUUUACACCAGACACAGUCACUAGGCUACCACAGCCCUUUAAGAAAGCGAUGGAUGAUGGGAGUUGUAGUACCCUACCCCCCGCCCCCCCAUUCAGCCUGUUUGUUUUGUAUACAAGCCUUGAUUAAGUUUCUUUCCCAGAUGCUUUCACACAAAUUGAUCUGUGGUGAUUCACGUCUCAGACACAUCCUGGGAGCAGGGCUUUUGUUAAGGAGACUGGAGACGCUUUAUUCUGGAGACUUACUUGAUUGUACUUUUCAGCCACAUUCAUCAUAGAGGAAAUACAAGAGCGAGACUGGUUACGGUACAGAGUCCUCGUCCUUUUUGAUCAUUUGUAAAGCCAAAACCUAUGGCUGUGGUUGCCAGAAAUCAUUGCUGUGAUUUGAAAAGGGACAUGUUCCUGUUUGAAACGUGUGUAAAUUAGGUUGGCCAGUUGGCGCCUUAUUGGAAUUCAAGAAGCUUCUAUUCUAAGAUGAUGGCAAGAGGUAGUGAGAAUUUGCACUAAUCUUCAAUUUUAAUGAGUUGCCUACAUUCACAUUUUUGUCCUUGUGAAUUGUGGGUAUUUUGAAGAAAAAUGUGUGUGUUGAUGCAUGUCCAAUUAUUCAUAAUUGAAUAUAUGUACCGGAUUUGCCUUCAUUUUCAGAAAGCACAUCAAGUAUACUUGCUUGUCAUCUGUUGUGUUCCUAAAGUAUUUGAAUAUUUUAAUUUUCUAAUAGGUUAAUGUAGUUCAGUCAUUUCUGUGGCAGAUGUAUUUUUGCUUUUCAAGUAUGGUUUUCAGGGAAGAAUCAGGACGUGAAAUGUGACAAUUAAAUCUGCAUCCGUUUUAGAACUUCAAACUGUGAUGACGUUUUCUUAAUCCGUGUUUCGGCAGCGCUUGGUACAGUUUUAUGAAGCAGUAGUAAGUCACAGUCCAAUCUGAGCCAGAGUGUCAUCGGUCAUGUUCUGAUCACAAAUGGGCACCACUGUCUGUCACUUUGAGGGGGGGGGCGGUUUCAUCCGCCAGGUCAAGCACAGUGAACAGGAAGUGAUGGAGUCUCUCUUGGUAAUGCAUGCCAAAACAGUGUUCUUAGAGGAAAUGGGCACAGUUUCUGUGGGAUGCUAAUAAAAUCCCUUCAACAAUCAAAAGCC